AUGCCUGACAUACGAAGCUUCUUCACUCCCAAGGGGGGUGCUGCCCCGGCCAAGCCUGCGCCGAAGAAGGAGGAGCCUGCCAAGAAGGGCCGUGGCAGACCACGUAAGGUCGUCGAUGACAGCGAAGAGGAUGACGAACCGAUUGCACAACCGAACAAGCCGGCGUCAAGAUCUACGCCAAGAAAAAAGAAAGCCACGGAAUCAGAGCCAGUGAAGGGGAAGGAGAUCUCUGCCGACGAUUACUUCUCGUCCUCGAAGUCAAACAAUAAGAAGUCCGAGUCCACUCCCAAGAAACCCAGUGUGCCUGUCCGCCAGAGUCCGCGGAAGGCCGCCGCCGCAGUUCCUACGAAGGGUAAGCCUGCUGCAAAGCCCAAGGCUGUCACGUCCCACAAGAAGGUUGAUUUGAAUGACGACGAGGAUGCGUACAUGGAGGACGGUGACGAGGAUGCAGACGAUAUCUUCGCUGCCAACGCGCGCAGUGGAAAUAAGAGAAAGAACGACCAAUAUCUCGAGGAAGACAGCGAGGAGGAAGUCUUACCCAAGCCCAAGCGGGUUGCUUCCCGAUCUAAGCCUGUCAAGGCAGAGGAAUCCGAGGAUGAAGACGAGGACUUCGCGCCAGCACCAAAGAAGGCUGGUAACGGCGGAAAGAAGCGCAAAUCUCCGGAUUCCGAUGAUGAAGACCUCGACGAAGAGGUUCCACGGAAGAAAGCUGCGGCGUCGAAGCCUCGAGCACCGAGGAAGAAGAAGGAAGCAGAGCCGGAAGAUGCCGGCUUUCAGGCAAUCAUCGAUUCCGUGCCCACGGUCAGACCACCGACUCCGCCUCCCAAGGACCCAGAUGCGAAAUUCGAUUGGAGAAAGGCCGCUGCCGGGGGAGGCAAUUCAGGCCCCGCGCCGAUGGAGGGCACAGUUGAUAUCCCCGAGGGCGAGGAGAACUGUCUCACUGGAAUGUCAUUCGUCUUCACAGGUCAGCUGAAGACACUUGGCCGAGAUGAGGGACAAUCGCUCGUGAAACGCCUCGGUGGAAAAGUUACGGGAGCACCUAGCAGCAAAACCACCUUCGUGGUCCUGGGAGAUGACGCAGGACCCUCAAAACUCAGAAAAAUCCAAGAGCAUGGAAUCAAGACGAUCGACGAGAACGGUCUGUUUGACUUGAUACGGAAAGCACCGGCGAAUGGCGGAUCUGCCAAGAACGCUGCGAAGGCUAAGGAAAAGCAGGAGGCCGAUGAGAAGAAGGUCAGGGAAGCCGCUGCGGAGCUGGAGAGAGAAGAGAAAGCUCGCCAGAUCGAGGCAGAGAAAGUUCGCAAGGCCGCUGUCCAGCGAGGUGCGGUUGCUCCAGCGCAAACCCCUGCUGCCAACUCACAGCUAUGGACGAGCAAAUACGCGCCUUCUCAGCUCAAUCACAUCUGCGGAAACAAGACUCCGGUCGAGAGAAUCCAGAAUUGGCUAAAAGCCUGGCCCAAAAACCGCAAAUACGAAUUCAAGAAGUUUGGAGCUGAUGGCAUGGGCGGCUAUCGAGCAGUCAUUCUGAGCGGUCCUCCUGGUAUUGGCAAAACGACUGCGGCGCAUCUCGCAGCAAAAUUGGCAGGUUUCGAUGUCAUUGAGAGUAAUGCCAGCGACACCCGAAGCAAGAAAAUGGUCGAGAACGGGGUCAGUGAAGUAAUGAACAACACCUCCCUACUUGGCUAUUUCGCUGGUGAUGGCAAAAAGGUCGAAGAUGCCAAGAAGAACAUCGUUCUGAUCAUGGACGAGGUUGACGGCAUGUCAGCCGGUGACCGAGGUGGUGUCGGAGCAUUGGCCAAGUUUUGCAAGAAAACAGACAUACCGCUCAUUUUGAUAUGCAACGAACGCAAAUUGCCCAAGAUGAAACCCUUUGAUGGCGUGGCUUUCGACAUCCUAUUCAGGCGGCCGACAGUCGAGCAAGUCCGAUCUCGCAUCAUGACCAUCUGCCAUCGAGAGGGUCUCAAGCUGCCCCUCCAGGUUGUCGACGCCCUUAUUGAAGGAAGCAACAAGGACAUUAGGCAAAUCAUCAACAUGCUCUCGACGAUUAAGCUUGACCAAACUUCCAUGGACUAUGACCAAACCAAAUCGAUGUCCAAGGCGUGGGAGAAGCAUGUCGUUCUCAAGCCGUGGGAUAUCUGCCAGAAACUAUUGGGGGGCAAUAUGUUUAAUCCAGCGAGCAAGUCCACGUUGAACGACAAGAUCGAGUUGUACUUCAAUGAUCACGAGUUCAGCUAUCUGAUGAUUCAGGAGAAUUAUCUCAAGGCAAAGCCAGCGGGCCUGAGCGGCAAGGGCUACAACAGCAGGGAGGCGAAUAUGAAAUACCUUGAAAUGGUGGACCAAGCAGCGGAGAGCAUCAGCGACGGUGACCUUGUUGAUCGCAUGAUACACGGUCCGCAGCAGCAUUGGAGCCUUAUGCCGGCACAUGCGGUUUUCAGUACGGUCCGCCCGGCAAGCUUUGUUUCUGGCCAAAUGAUUGGUACCGAAUUCACAAAGUGGCUCGGAAACAACAGCAAGUUGGGAAAACUUGCACGCUACGUCAGAGAGAUCCAGUCGCACAUGCGGCUCAAGUCGUCUGGAGAUGUGAGCGAGAUCCGCCAGCAGUACUUGCCUGCCCUAUGGCACCAAAUCGUCAAGCGCCUCUCUCUUGAGGGCAAGGAUUGUGUCGAGGAGGUCAUCAACCUAAUGGACAGUUACUACCUCACAAGAGAGGACUUCGAUGCGAUGAUUGAGCUUGGUGUUGGGCCCCAAGAUGAGAGCUUGGUGAAGAUCGAGACCCAGACCAAGUCGGCCUUCACCAGAACAUAUAACUCGAUGUCCCAUGCUGUGCCAUUUAUGAAAGCCAGCAAUGUGACGGCGCCGAAGAAGGCUGCGAAGGAUGUACCUGACAUCGAAGAUGCUAUCGAAGCAGAAGACGACGGGGCUGAGGUUGCCGAACCGGUGGACGAGGACGAAGAUGAAAUCGACCUCAAGAAAGACAAGUAUAUCAAGCAACCGAAGGCCAAGCCUAAGCGAGCUGCCAAGAAGAAGACUGCCGAUGACGAUGAAGGAGACGACGGUGAUGCCAAGCCUGCGAAGGGCCGUGGAAAGGGCAAGGCGGCUACGAAGGGCAAGGCGAAGAAGUGA